ACCAAAUGAACAAAGCAAUGACAUGUUGGCAGUCAUUAUAAUUCCAAGCUGCAUUAAGGAAGUUUGGUGAACUAAACGUUACGUUUUCACAGCCUGAGACAUGCUAGGAGUUCAUACAUGAUUACGAAACACGAAGCAGAUGUCCAAAGCAAUCGAACAUUCAAACUUUAACGAGACGAAUCUGUCGAAAUCCAAGAGCAACAACAUGUUUAUCACUAAAUCUGCACGCGUGAUCAAGUCAAAUGUAACAAAUCAGUCAAAAGCAUUCUACAAGACAGUGCCUAUGUCAAGAAGAGGCAAUAUGUUUGCCAAACAGUUAGAGCUUCCUCAUUUACCUGUGCCUCCAUUGCAACAGAGUUUGUCCAAGUACCUGCUUUCAGUGAAGUGUUUGGUCGAUGAUAAUGACUUUAACAUAACCAAGAGAAUUGCAGAGGAAUUUGGCAAGGAAGGUGGGAUUGGAGAAAUGCUUCAAGAAAAGUUAAUUGAAAGAUCCAGAGUUGAAGUGAACUGGAUCUCAAAAUGGUGGGACAACAGUGCUUAUUUUGACUUUCGAAUGCCUGUUGUGGUUCACUCUAGUCCUGCCAUUGCAUUUCCAAAGGAAACAUUUGCAGAUUCCAAGGACCAGUUAAAGUAUGCAGCAAGAGCCAUUAGAUGUGUUAUAAAUUUCAAGAAUCUGGUCGAGAGUGAGUCAGUACCCGUGGACAUGUUAGGUCCACACCCAAUGUGCAUGAUACAAUACAAUAAUCUCCUGUCGACCUGUCGUAUCCCUCAUACCACCCGUGACUGGAGGGUUAAAGCAGCUAGAGGAGAGGAUCAUCAUAUCAUUGUGAUACAUCGCAACAAUUUCUAUUCCUUGAAUUUAUAUCGAAAUGGUCAGCCUAUAUCGGAAUCUGAAAUUCUCUACCGACUUGUACAAAUCACAAGUUCUCCUCAAACUGAAAACGCUCGUCCUGUUGGCAUUCUCACUUCGGACGGCAGGACGCAAUGGGCAAAUGCACGACAAAGAUUGUUGAAAGAUUCUCAGAACAAAGCAAAUUUGGAAUUGAUCGAGAAAUCUAUGUUCGUUUUAUGCCUCGACGAGUCCCCUUUGCAACACCCCAGUGAUCAAGAGAAGUCCCUUGCUGAUCCCGACUACACUGUGACAUCCCGCGAAAUGUUGCACGGCGGUGGCAUUGCGUCGAACAGCGGCAACAGAUGGUUUGAUAAAAUAUUUCAGUUGAUUGUUGGUAGAGAUGGACACAUAGGGGUAUGCUAUGAACACUCUGCUGCCGAGGCUCCUCCUGUGAUUGGUGUGUGUAAUUACAUUCAUGGACAAACUGGAAACUUUCGCGCUAUCCAGCCAAAUGGAAGCAAUGAUGAAGCCCCUCUGAAGUUGGAAUGGAACAUCAAUUCGGACACAUUGGAGGAUAUCAAUAUUGCCAUUGAGCAUUUAGAUAGUUUGGUUGACGAUGUUGAGUUGAAGUCGUACAUCUAUAAAGGUUAUGGUAAAGAAUUGAUCAAGAAAAAUAAAAUGAGUCCAGAUGCUUUUGUUCAACUUAUCAUGCAUUUGUCUUACUACAAACUACACCGCCUUAUUCCUCCAACAUAUGAAAGUGCUGGAACUCGGAUGUUUCAACUUGGACGAACGGACACCAUCCGCACUGCUUCGUUGACAUCGAAAGCUUUUGUCGAAGCUAUGGUGGACCCUGGCAAGUCGAAGCAAGAACUUGCUCAAUUGUUCCGCGUGGCAGUUAAGGCUCACUCAAAAUACACGAAGGAGGCUUGUAAUGGGGAAGCUUUUGAUCGUCAUUUUUUCGGUUUGAAAAUGAUUGCAGUUGAAUCUGGAAUGGAUCUUCCAGAGUUCUUCAUGGACAAAACGUUCGGUCGAUCUGUACAUUUCAACAUGUCUACCAGUCAGAUUGGUUCGAAAUACGAUUUGGUCACAUGUUACGGGCCCGCAGUCCCUGACGGUUACGGAAUCUGCUACAACCCACAAAGCAACUGUAUUCGUUAUACUGUGUCCGCUCUCAACAGCAAUGCUCAAACUAAUGCCGUAAAAAUGGGUGACACUGUUCAACAAAGCUUUGACGAAAUUGAGCUCGUUCUUUCAUCGUCGCAUCUUUGAACUUGGAAAUCAUGUAAUGGACGCUAGGACAUUUGGAUGGGUAGAGAGGUACACACAAGAGUUUAGUGGGUACAUUUGGAUACUAAACUUUGAUUGUUUUCAUCUGGAACUGAUGAAAGCAUUUUUAGUAAAUAAUUUUUCAAUAAAAAUCAUAGAUACUGAA